AUGAAACGUAGCUCCUCUUCCAGUGAGGAACCAGUACCUUCGGGUUCUGGUGCAGGACCUUCGGGUUCUGGGUCAGGGCCUUCGGGUUCUGCUGCAGGGAGUCCUCGAAAACGAAUGAGGACGGCGCACGGAGUUCAGACACCGGAGGAUGUCAGAAAACAAAAGGAGGAAAAUGAGAGGGCUGAGAGAAGGCGGCGGACCACGGUGGAAUAUGCCAAGGAAGAAAGGCGCCGGGCUCACGAAUUUAGAAGGCAGAAGGAACAAGAAGACCGGCGAAAAAGGAACGAAGAUAGAAGCCGGAUUAUAGACCAGGCCAGCUGCCUUGCGACAUCCCUAGCUAAUGAACAGAUGGUCUUGCUGGCAACAAGAUUCAUUGAUAGGGUGUCGCAGGGCAUUUCGUUCCAAGAAGCCAGGAGCAGGCUCGAGGAUGACAUCGAGGAGAGCAGCUCAAGGCUUAGAACAUCCAUCCGAGAGUCUUUAAACAGCAGCUUCCCUGCCGAAGAAGUCCCUGCAGUGAGACCCUCCACUUCUGCGGCCUCAGAUCCAUCUCCCGUCCGCCAGGCAUCACCACCGCCACCCCUAUCAUCACCUGUUGUACCUCAAAGCCAAAGUAUUAGUCCAACGCCUGCUUCACCUCCGGUGUCGGUGGUAAGUCCACCACCACCAUUACCAUCCUCACCCGUGCAAGUACAACCGGCUCAAGCCCAACAACCGGCUCAAGCCCAACAACCGGCUCAAGCCCAACAACCGGCUCAUGUCCAACAACCGGCUCAUGUCCAACAACCUGCUCAUGUCCAACAACCUGCUCAUGUCCAACAACCUGCUCAAGUCCAACAACCUGCUCAAAUCCAACAACCUGCUCAAAUCCAACAACCUGCUCAAAUCCAACAACCUGCUCAAAUCCAACAACCGGUACAAGCGCCUCCACUGGUUCCUCAGCGGCGAAAAAGAGGAAACCCUGGUAAACGCAGUACAAGAUUGCAAAUUUUGUUAGAAGCAAGCAAAGGAUUUUUAAAAAUGGACCCGCCUUUCACUUUAACCAAAAGACCGCGAUUUUCGCAAAAAUAUCCAGUUUAA